AUAUUUUUUAAUCUUUUAUACAUACUGACAUUCAUACAUGUGUACAUACCUAAAAACAAACAUAAGUAAAAGGAAUAAAUUGUAAUAUACCUCGCAAAGUUCUAUCAGCCCAGAGGACUACGGAUCAGCGCCUACGUCAAAGUUUAUAACCGGUGUCAAUUCCUAAUUGCAAUUUAAACAUUCAAAAAUACAUAUGUAUGUACAUAUAUUCUAUAAUAAAAUAAAAUAAAAUGGAAACUAUUAAACAACGUUUAUAGUGUUGUGCUGCCACUCGCUAAAUUACCGUUAUUUUGGUAGUUUAAGUGUCACGACUCGAGAUCACUCUGUCAUCAUAUUAUUGAACAUAUAUUCAUAUUAGUUUUCGAUAGGAUCAGCGACUAGCAGUGUUUCAUCCGUAAAAAAAACUUCAUCAACACGCUUAAAAGGAAAAGACCACGCAAUGACGAGCAAAUCUAAGAAUCAACAGGAGAAGCACAAAAUGUCGGAAAUUGACGAAAAUAUAUCAAAACUAUUUGAUAUAAAAAAGCGCUUAGGAAAAGGCGCCUAUGGUAUCGUGUGGAAAGCAUUGGAUAAACGAACAAACGAAACGGUAGCAGUGAAGAAAAUUUUCGAUGCGUUCCGUGAUGAAACUGAUGCACAGCGAACGUUCCGCGAAAUUGUGUUUUUGAAAGCAUUCCGUAACCAUCCCAAUGUCAUAAGAUUGCUCACUGUAUAUAGGGCAUCAAACAAUUUAGACAUAUAUCUCAUUUUCGAAUAUAUGGAAAGUGAUUUACAUAAUAUCAUAAAGAAGGGCACAAUUCUGAAAGACAUACAUAAGAGAUAUGUUAUGUAUCAAUUAAUUAACGCCAUCAAGUAUAUACAUUCUGGGAACGUGAUACAUAGAGACCUGAAACCGAGCAACGUACUUAUAGAUAGCAAAUGCAGAUGUAAACUAGCAGAUUUCGGGCUGGCACGUUCAGUUUCGAGCCGACCAAUGCGGGAAAAUAGCGAUAUGGGCAGCAAUCACACAACCGAGCCCAUACUCACGGAUUAUGUUGCUACACGCUGGUAUCGGGCCCCGGAAAUUCUUGUCGCUAGUAAAAGAUAUACCAAAGGAAUCGAUAUGUGGAGCCUGGGUUGUAUACUUGGUGAAAUGAUUCGUGGAAAGCCAUUAUUUCAAGGCAGUAGUACCGUUAAUCAAAUAGAAAAGAUCGUCACAGCUUUGCCAGAAAUAACAGAUCACGACAUUAAAGCGGUAGGAGCCGGCUUUGGAUCCGUACUACUUAGCAAACAGAUUUCACGCGAGAGGAAAGCUUCACUCAAUGAAAUGAUGGCGGAUGCUCCAGAUGAUGCUUUGAAUAUGGUAAAAUCGUUGCUAGUCUUAGAUCCGCUAGCACGCCUUACAGCGAAAGAAGCUCUAGGACAUCCAUACGUAGAAAAAUUCCGAAAUUCUAUACCAGAAAUUGAAUUAAGCGUCGACAUAUUGCCACCAUUUCGAGAUGAUGUGCGUCUCAGUGUCCCUGAAUAUCGGUCAAAGCUCUAUGAAAUUGUUCAACAUAACAUCGAAAAGGCGGAUAAACGCCAAACAUCGUCAAACGCAAAAAGUUCCAGCACAAAUCAAAAAGAUUACAGGCAUACGACACCUUAUGAGAAGUCUGAAACUAGCAAGAAAAGCCAUAAGACUAAGCACAAUCGACAGAGUGCGGAGGAUAAGUAUAUAUCAAAUGAUAAAUACUUCAGUCGUCCUGAAAAGCACGAGAGCGAGACACAACCCUCUGUCAGUGUGCCAAGCAUAAAUGGCAAAUCAACAAAGAAGAUAGUUUCAGUUUCCCCUAAUUCCAAACGCAAACUCGGCAAAACACAAUCCAAAUACUUUCCACAACAGUCAACGGAUGCGGUAAAAAUUAAGAAUAUCCCAAAAGUUUACGAAAGCAACGAACCUCAUUUACCGCUAGAUGCAAUCGAUAAACGUCAUUCUAUAGACGCCGGUUAUGCCAGCCUUCCUGAUGGUGGAGUUCAUAAUUGUUGCGGUCAUUUGGAAGAUUUAGUGGGUAGACAAAAGUCAUCACCAAGUGGAGUUUUUAAAAAGGUGGACAGCACCCUACGGCAAUACAGAAGCAGUUCUUCUAUAAAUAAAGGCGAGCAAAUAAACAUACAACAGCAAGCGAGCACCGCCAAUCACUUGGUUCAGAUACCAAACCAAAGCAAAUCACGCAAUACUCGUAUGCCCUCCCACUCACAGCAGCAGCUAGGAUAUCGCCAAAAUAAUAAUUUUGCCUAUGCCGAUAAUGGUUUUGAGCAACCUUACGUUGAAGAUCAGCAAAAUCAAUACAACAAUGGUAGUACGCCAUUCUCUAACAAGGCUUCAUAUGUGCGGAACUCGAAGUCGGAUGCAACAAAUAGUGUCGUUGGUGGAUUCACUAUACCACCUGAACAUGCCGUGCGGAGUAAUGAACGAAUUUGUUACGAAAAACGACUAAAAAAAUUGGAAGAGGAAAUUGAAAAAUAUAAAAAAGAAGUGAAAUCAUUUUGUAAGGAAACCUUCACUUAUACACAAAGUCAAUCACCUCAAAAACACAGUAAAAUUCACACUCAGAAUCAGAAUCAAAGUCAGUGUCAGAAUCAGCAUAUCAACCAAAAUUACAACAGUCACUCAGCAAGCAAUCAAACACAGCAAUCUCGACCAAAUACCCAGCAACAAACAUAUAUGGGACGGAUGAAAACAGAUGGCAAAAACUACAAGAACCAGCAGCAACAUACACAGCAGAGUGCACUCAAUACGUCAAUAUCAACAACGAACAAUACCUCAAAACAGAAUUCCUAUUAUGAUCUUCUAGCCAAAGUGACACGCGAUUUUGGAAGUAAAAGUACUAUUAAUGCGGCCUAUUCCGGUAGUAGCCACAAUGGAGCUAGUGCUUCAGAUCAAACUGAGGGCAUUGAAUACCUUGUCGGAGAUCGAGCAACGAAAAUAUCGAAUAAUAAAGGACUAAUAGCAGGGCAAAAACACCAGUCCACGAACGGGCAGAUCAACAAGAACAACAAGAUCAUGUCGCAAUCGCAUCAGAAUCACCAACAACCCACCCAUAAUAUGCAGCGCCACGGUAGACCCAUGUCGAAAUUCAUAGCGCGUCCCCAAUUAGGCGGUCAUUUAGCAAAACAUACUAUUGCAAAUUGUCAAUGAUAUACAUAGAUAUUGAUUAUAUUAUUCUAAGCUAGAAUAACUGCCAUUUUACCUAAGUUAUCUUAAAUGCGCAUUUAAAUGUGUGUAUGCGUAUAUCCAUUCAAUAUGCGAAGAAAAUAUAUUUUUAUGCUUACAUAUUGUACAAUA